AUGUUCGAUGCGCUGUGGAGGCAGAAAAUGGCAAGCUACAAAUGGAGACGUUUCGCGCAGUUGUCGGAGGCAGGAUGGACGCAAUGCUUGGGCAAUUGUGACGUAAAGCAUUUCUUGUCUCAGGAAUUGACCAAGGGUCGCUUCAUUCAUUUAUCGCCUGACUGCAGGGAGUUGGCGCUGUUGCUGGUCCUGCAAAAUGCGAUGAACGAUAUGCCUGCGAUGCGCUGUUCCAAGACAGUCGCAUGUCUCUCUGAAAGAAUCACUGUCGUCGAAAGCGAUGGCUCUCCAUCAUUGGUGAUCAGGGCUUCCACCAGAUUUGACAGGAGCAGAGGAAAGCGACCGCAGACAGCGACAAGCCCUGUGGCAGAUCUGAAUGCUCCAUGGUCAUCUUCUUGGACUGGUCCAUGGCGAUCGACGUCUGUCCCCAAAAAGCAAAAUCUGUGCAUCAUCGGAUAG